AUGGCGCCCUGCUUCCGGCCCGGCAAGGGCCGCCCGCCGCGGGGGGACGAGGACUGCGCGGAGGCCAGGGCCGACAGGAAGACGAGGAAGCCGCUGGUGGAGAAGAAGCGCCGGGCGCGGAUCAACGAGAGCCUGCAGGAGCUGCGGCUGCUGCUGGCCGACAGCGAGUUUCAGGCGAAGCUGGAGAACGCGGAGGUGCUGGAACUGACGGUGCGGCGGGUGCAGGCCGUGCUGGAGCGCCGCUCCCUCGAGGGCGGGCGGCUGCACCGCGAGGCCAGCGAGCGCUUCGCCGCCGGCUACAUCCAGUGCAUGCACGAGGUGCACACCUUCGUCUCCAGCUGCCCCGGCAUCGACGCCACCACAGCCGCCGAGCUGCUCAACCACCUGCUAGAGUCCAUGCCCCUCAACGAGGGCGGCUUCCCAGACUUGAUCGCGGACAUUUUGGCAGAUCCCGCCCUCGGCCCCUGGCCUGGCGGCGAGGCGCUGGCCCCGGCGGCCGAGGCCUCCCUGGGUGCCCUGGGCCUGGCUCUCCCUGCCUCGGCACCCUCACCCUCCCCCAGCGAAGAGACCUGCUCCGACUCGGACGAGGCGGAGGCUGAGCCGGGCCAGACCGCCACCGAUGGACUGGACACUUCCCGGACGUGCGGCCUGCCUUCGCCUAGCUUACCCAAAUCGAUGUGGAGACCCUGGUAACGGAGGAGCAUGCAGGAGUCAACGCAGACCUACCUAGCGGGGAGAGCAGCCGGGCCCCGUGCUCCCCUGCAGCCUUCUGAGCAGCAUGGGGGACUGCCAGCUCGCGUGCAGCUGGCAUCGCUGCGUUUCAGGACUGCAUCAAUGGCACUCUUACGCUGUCACGCCCUGACAGGCUAAUAGCUAAGCGCAUUAACAUUUCAUCCGUGUGUAUGUGUGUGCGUGUGUGGCAUUUUGUAACUUUAGGGAUUGUUUUUAUGAGA